ACAGGACCAGCCGGAUUUUUAUCUUAUGUACACAAUAAUAAUAUUUUACAUUGGAAUCCAUUAUUUUUUUGGAUGUGGCAUGUUUGUGUGCUGCUGCGCUUCCCUCUGUGUAAUAGGUAAAGUGAAAGCGCGUUGUGGAACCGCCCAGAGGCGCAUUUUCUACUAACGCGCUCUUUAAAUAACACAACAAUAUUGCGCCAUUGACUUUAGACCAGGUUUGAGUUGAUCUAUGGCGCAGUCUAUUUUCAGUUCCUCAAAACAGCAACGCGCCAACAAUGCGCCUGAAAACACCUCUUUUUUUAGACCAACACGCCCAUGGGCGCACAAAUGAGCGCAAAUGCAUUUGCUAUUUAAACAACGCGGCGCAGGACGGGAAAAUGAGAACUGCGUCGGGCUGAAACUAUAGCAAAAACACUUGUGCUGCGCAUUGCGCCGGGUGUACAAUAGGGCCCAGUGUGUUUGUUGAAGUGUGUCAUCAGUAGAUCAGUAUGGAGAUCAGUUCACUUCUUCUAGCGCUUUCGCUGAUUUCAAACGUCCACUUUAAAGAAACUAAAGAUAUCAAACCAACUCUGACUGUUCAGCCGCAGAGUUCUUUGUUCACUGGAGACAAUGUUAAUCUGAACUGUGAGGUGGAUCAGUCCACUGGAUGGGAGUUUACAUUCAUCAACUCAACAAACCAUGAACACUUUCAAGCAUCAGGAACUAAAACAAUCAGUUCUGUUCGAGUCUCUGAUGCAGGAGAGUACAAGUGCAGAGCCAGAAGAGGAGAAAACCCCCAGAAUUACACACAAUACAGUGAACCAAUAACACUGACAGUAGAAGAAAGACCAAAAGCUGAAGUGUCUGUACGGCCUGAUGAACAUGUAUUCAGAGGAGAAACUGUCACUCUCACAUGUGUCAUCAAUGGGGAAACAUCAGUCACUAGCUGGCAGUACAGAUGGAAUAAAGAUUCAUUCAUACAGCAGAAUAAACAACAGAAUUACACAAUCAGUUCUGUUGUUGAGUCUCACGCAGGUAAAUACACCUGUAGAGGAACAGAGAUCAGAGGAUCAUCAGACACCAGUGAUGCAGUUACACUGACAGUAUCAGGAUCAAAACCAAAAGCUGAACUCAGAUCAGAUACUGAAGGAUCUGUACUGACGGGAAACACAGUGACUCUGAAGUGUCUCAUGAAUCAGUUCACUGGAUGGAAGUUUUACUGGUACAAACACACACAGAACACUGAGAAGACGACAACAGAUGAAAACUACUACACAAUUCACAACGUUACAGUUUCAGAUGGAGGUCUGUACUGGUGUAGAGCUGGAAGAGGGAAUCCAGUCUAUUACACAGACUACAGUGAUGUUCUGUGGAUCAAUGUUACAGGUGUUUCUUCUUCAGUGUCUCUGAUCAUCAGACCCAACAGAACUCAACACUUCUCAUCUGAAUCUCUCUCUCUGAGCUGUGAGGAUCACAGGAACUCUACUGGAUGGACAGUGAGAAGAUACACAAACACACUGGAAACUUGUCCAUCAUCAUCAGUCAGAUCUACAGGAACAGAAUCUACAUGUACAAUCACAUCUCUCAUCACAUCUGACACUGGAGUGUACUGGUGUGAGUCUGAAUCUGGACACAAACUUCAUCCUGUUAAUAUCUCAAUACACAAUGGUGAUGUGAUUCUGGACAGUCCUGUUCAUCCUGUGACUGAAGGAGAUUCUCUGACUCUACACUGUUUAUAUCGAGAUAAAAACCCAUCAAACCUCAGAGCUGAAUUCUAUAAAGAUGGAUCAGAGGUGCAGAAUCAGACUACAGGAGACAUGAUGAUCAUCUCUACAGUCUCAAAGUCACAUGAGGGUUUCUACUCCUGUCAACACCCAGAGAGAGGAGCGUCUCCAAAGAGAUGGAUCUCAGUCACAGCUUCAGGAGAUUUUGAGGAAAAGAUUUCUGUUCUUAAGAUUCUCAGUUCUCUGCUGGCAGUUUGUCCAUAUCUGAUAGUGACAGUCGUUCUGGUUUUCAAAUGCUACAGAUUGAGAGUUGAUCUUGUUGAAGACCAAAGGCAGUAUGCAGUAAGAGAAGAUGAAACUUCAAUCUGAUAUGAAUGUGUUGUGAUUGUGUGAGGUGACUGAGUGCACUGAAGCAUAAAAUCCCUCAAAAACACAAUUUCAACAUAAAAAGUAUUUUUUUAAUGCUCUGAAUUUUCUCGUACUGUCUAGACUGCUUGUGUGAAACAUUAUAUAUUCAUAUACUUUUCAACAGUGUAUGAGUGUGUUUCUGAAAUAGUAGAUAAAUAAUUAAAAAAAAAAGUGUGGUGAAGAUGUUAUAGGGCUUCCACACAUGAGGGGCACUGUGAUUCCCCUGUGUUUUCGUGUUUUACUGAGCCCUUCUUUAUGAAUCAGUUGCUAGGCAACGCAUUUGUUUCCUGCAGAAUUGUUAGUUUUUUCCCAUUGAUUUAUCAGUUUUGCGUACAUUAAAGUAAAGCACUGAGUUAAAAACGAUCACAGUGCGAAUAGCACAGAGAUCAACCACAUUUUUGUACAUUUAUAGUGUAUAAUGGACUCCCCACUCAGUUUCUCCAUCACACAGGCACAUUUUUUUAAUAGUCAUCAUACCCUAUAUACAAUUUAUUACGUUUUUGUCAAAACGUAUGUAAGAAAUUGUAUAUGGGGUAUGACCACUUUUAAUGUGAUCAGAAAGACUGUGGGCCUAAAGACAAAAACAGUAUGUUUAACAGAGACCGAGAUGAUGAAUAAACUUAAAGUGUGAUUUUUUUGUAAAGCUGCUUUGAAACAAUGUGUCUGCAGAUAAACAAAAUGAAAAUAAAGAUGACAUUAAGCCGG